CGGGGCGGCAGGACAAAUAUAAAUAAAUUCAUCUGUUUAAUCAAGGCAUAAACGGUAGUUUAUUGCACCAGAGUAGAUAUUUGUGUCGACCGUCAUUAAGGUUUGGAAUUAUGUUGAAACUGGUGUGCAUUGCUGCACUUGUUGUAACAUGGUCUACUUCCGGCGUAGUAUCCAAAUCGUCUACUGCAAUAGCACAAGGAGAUAGCAGUAGUGAUGCCCCAUCUGUAAAGAGUGUACCAUUACGUCCACCGUCUCACCAUACGUCGCAGGAUAGAAAGCGAGACGACAUCAAAGUCGAUACUACAAAAUUAGAUAAAGAAGAAAAGUCUAAAGCAAGGAAGGAAGACAAAAAAUCGCCGAAAGAAGAAAAAGACAAGGAUAGCCAUCAUCGUCUAGAGCAUGAUACUCAUCGGGAUUCGAAAAAUGGACGGAAAAUUCAGCACGGAGAAGAAAAGGGGAAGGAAGGGGAAAAAAGUGAUCGAGCUGAGGAAGAACAUGUAAAGGUUGCUCAGUCUAGAGCAAACGACAAGAGAACAAAUAAAGAGGAAAAGAAAAAUCGAUCAAAAUCAGAGAGAAGAGGUGAACAUUAAACAUAAAUUUUUCGUUAUUAUAUAAUUAUGUAUAUUUGUUUAUAGAAUUAUUUAUUUUUUCCGCGUAUGUAAUAAUACCAUAAUUAUACGUUGUUUUAGUAUAUUUAAAUUUUGUUCUAUUAGUAUAACAAAUGUACUGUAUUUCCAUAAAUUGUUACAUAUUAACGCACUAGUUAGGUAUUAUUAUGUAAUGUAUAUGUUUUCAUAAAGAAAAAGAACCAAACAA